AUGGUUGAAAAAGACCUUUUUGCUGAUCGCUUGAGACAGGAGAAAACCACCAGGUUAGAGAGAUGGGUAAAGAAGAAGGGGGAAAGCCCCUGGAAAAGGGAGUGUUUUAAGGAUGAGAAUCCCCUGACUGAAGCUAGUCUGAGCUUUGAACAAUAUUGCACAACCUUGAAGCCAUGUGGUAGUGCAAAGGAUGCAGCUGCUGCAUGGGCAUUUUUUUAUGCAUGUCUGGACAUGGUGGAAAUGGUAAAGGGAAGACAAGAACUGGAGCUGGAGGAAAAGCAGUUACAACAGCGUUUGAACAAAUGUGAGACAGAUGGGUAUGACUUGAUAGCAGAAAAGCUCCGAAUGGUGACUGUACUUAGAGAUAUACAAGAGGAGAGGGACAAGGAAAGCAGGAAUGCAGAACAGCAUAAGAAAGAGUUAACACACAGAGAAGUUCUGUUAGAAGAAGCAAGAGCAGCAACUUGCUUCUUGGCAGAGGAGAACAGGGCAACAAAGGCAGCAGCAGACCAUCAGGAGUGUGAUGCGAAGAUUAGUAAAUUAUGUGCCCAAUUUAGCACCCAUAAGGGGGUGGUACCUGUUUUGGACUUCAUGGUGAGCCCACAGCAAGUGAAUCAAACGGUUCUCACGGAAUUCAUCCUGCAAGGAUUUGGGAAUCUCCCUGAGCUACAAACUCUUCUCUUCCUGCUAUUUCUUGCCAUCUACAUUGCAACCAUGGCUGGGAACAUCCUGAUCUUUGCACUAGUUGUGGCUGAUCAGCAGCUUCACAUCCCCAUGUACUUCUUCCUGGGGAACUUGUCUUGCUUGGAGACCUGCUGCUCUUCCACCAUCCUGCCCAAGGUGCUGACUGGUCUCCUGACAGGGGACAGGACCAUUUCAUUUAGUGCCUGUCUCACACAAUACUAUAUCUUUGGUUCUAUGGUGGCUACAGAAUGCCUUCUCCUGUCGGUGAUGUCUUACGAUCGGUAUUUAGCGAUAUGCAAUCCGCUGCACUAUGCAGCUCGUAUGAGUAGCAGGGCCUGCCUCCAGCUUGCAGGUGGCUCUUGGAUAGGUGGCUUCCUAUGUUGUGGCACAACAACAUUAUCAAUAUCUCAGUUAACAUUCUGUGGCCCAAACGUUAUUGAUCAUUUUUUUUGUGAUUUUAUUCCCCUUGUAAAGCUCUCCUGCAAUGACCCUCACCUGAUGGAAACAUUGGCUUUCACACUCAGUUUGUUUUUCUCACUAGUACCAUUCCUGUUUAUUUUGAUGUCCUACAUCUUCAUCAUCACCACCAUCCUGAGAAUCCCGUCCACCACUGGGAGGCAAAAGGCCUUUUCCACCUGCUCCUCCCACCUCAUCGUGGUGACCAUUUACUUUACAACUCUGCUGAUUGCUUAUAUGUUCCCAACCACUGACAUCCUGAGCGACUUCAAGAAAGUUCUCUCUGUCUUCUACACUGUCCUGACUCCUCUGGUGAAUCCCCUCAUCUACAGCCUGAGAAACAAAGAGGUCCAGGAGGCCCUGAGGAAAGCUUGCAGGAUAUUCAUGUUUGGACCAUAUUAA